CAAUGAGGGCGUGCGGUGUAAGCCUGGUUAGGGCGUGGGGGGCGCGGAGGAACACAUGACGUCACGCCUAACACUACGCCCCUUAAAGCCUUUUGGUGGCGCGGUGUGUAGUCUGUCCUGAGCUGUGUCAUUUUGGUGUUGCCUAAAGCAGAAUGGCCUCCGGAGUGAAAGUAUCGGAUGAGAUCCACAAGGCGUACACAGACAUCAAAAAGAGCAAGAAGUAUAGGUACAUAAUCUUCCACAUAAAGGAUGAUAAAGAAAUAUGCAUUGAGACGUAUGGAGAUAGAGAUGCGACAUACGAUGACUAUUUGCAACACCUGAGUAAUGUGGGGCCAGAGCAGUGUCGUUACGGCCUGUACGACUUUGAGUACGAACAUGCCUGCCAGGGAACCUCAGAUACAAAGAAGCAGAAGCUGUUUUUGAUGUCAUGGUGCCCAGACACGGCCAAGAUAAAGAAGAAGAUGCUUUACUCCUCCAGCUUUGAUGCACUGAAACAUGCUCUAGAAGGUGUCGGCAAAUAUAUCCAGGCUACAGACAUGGCCGAGGCAUCCUACGAGUGUGUGUUGGAAAAAUGCCGCUCUACAGACCGUUCCUAAGCUUGCGAUGGGAGGCCCCUCACCAGACAGCAGCCUUUACCCCUUUCACCUUUCUCAAGACCCCAGCAGGAAACCGGGGUGUGUCCCGGCGCGGUGAGGGGCCCGUCGGCAGCAGCGAUCCCGUGGCUGCUGCCGCCCUAGUCAUGCCCGGGCCGCCACUGUUAUCAUGCUACCCAAGCAGCAUCAGGGGACUAAUUGUUUUAUACUUGUGAUUAUAUUACUUUGAUUAUUAAAUUGGCUGGUAUGUGGUGGGGUGGCAGCAGCUGUGCACUGAUCAAGCUUUAGCUUAUGUUGGCUGGCUUGUGCCUCCCGCCGAUGGAGGCAGGGCGAGUCUAGCGUGUUCCACUACAGACUCCAGUGUCAUCGGGGCCGCCUGCAGGAAUUAACGUCUGCUGGGGCCUAGCGCCUCAGCACAAUGGAGAGCCCUGGCUGGGAUGCCUUAUGAGCUGCCCCUUGAACACUGUAACAGUGUCACCUGCCGCCACGAGCCGGCCCAGGCGAGUUUAGUAUUACAUGAAGCUCUUCCAUUUGUAUGUUAUGUCAUAUCACAAAUAAGGAAAGAUCAGUCUGCUACUUCCAGUUUUCAUUAAGUAUGAUAAGCUAUAUAUAACUAAAUCAUGUUUCUAGCCCUUUUACAACAUUGGCUGAAACCACAUUUUCUAAUUAAAACUGCUCAAAAUCUUAUGUUGCAUCAGCUGUUGCCCAUAAGGAAUCUACCAUUACUUAAAAGGGUUUUGUAUGAUUUAUUGUAGGAUCAUGUCAACUUAUCUAAUAAAUUUCUUUUUAAU